AUGACAGUGUCCACUAGAGGCCGCUACAACUUCGCAGUAACUAACCCUCGCUUUACAGGCAAGUGGACUGGCAGCUCCAAACGGCUCAAGCAGCCCAGGAAUGACGUAAGCUGUCCCCGGUCGGUAAAGCAGCAGCCACGGCUAUCAUGUCUCAGCAUAAUGUGGUUAAUGGCUGUGAACUGGUCGCUGUGUUUUUUCUUUGGCUCGGCUUCAAAUCACGAGGAUCCGGCUGCACAGGGCUCUGCUGUGCUGGAGGAGUUGGUAAUAGUGAUUCAGAGUCAGAAGAACUCCUACCAUGCCCAACGUGGUUACCAAAGGAAGGAAAAGAUUCUGCAGGAUGCGGCUAAUCUCGGGGAGGGGCUUCCAGUGGUUCUCCUCCUACAUGAGCUGUCAGAUUAUGAAGGAAACUGGAGCAUUCUUCCUGUUCUUCCUCUUCUCUCUGCUAUUUAUGGAGAAUCGGCAUCCUGGUUUUUGUUCAUAGAAGAGGAAACGAUGGUUGUUUUGCAUGUUCUGCAAAAAGUUCUUAAAAGAUAUCCGGUCCAAGAGGAAUGGUUUUUGGGUCAGCGUCUCCAUGACAACAAGCCCUCCAUUGUUCACCACUACGCCUUUUCUGAAGACCCCACUUCUUUUGGUUACCCUGACCCAGCAGCUGGUUGGGCUUUAAGUGCUGCGCUGCACCAAAGACUGGCUGAGCGGAUUCAGUCUGAAAAUCUGAAGUCGGAUUUCACCAUCGACUUGACCCACGAGAUUGCUUUGUUUAUCUGGGAGGAAGGGAGAGGUCCAGAGCUGACCACAGUUCCAGAGUUUUGUACAGAGACAAAGGACAACUGUGCAACCAAAUUCACAAACUACCUGCCCCACUGUGGGAAUCCUGUAUCAAAGAAUAAUAUAUUUGUUGCUGUGAAAACUUGUGAAAAAUAUCACUCAGUGCGAGUACCAGUAGUGAAGUCCACCUGGGAAAAACACGCUGUUUAUUUAGAGUACUAUAGCGAUGUCACCGAUGCUUCCAUACCCACCAUCAACCUUGGAGUGCCCAAUACUGAGAGAGGACAUUGUGGGAAGACGUUUGCCAUCAUGAGGCGUUUUCUGAGUGAAGCCGUGCCGAAGGUUGAUUGGCUCGUCAUUGUUGAUGAUGAUACUCUUAUCAGUCUGCCGCGGCUGCGGCGCCUGCUGCGAUGCUACAACCCAAAGGAAGCAGUGAGCCUGGGAGAGAGAUAUGGGUAUGGCCUGAUGCAGAACGGAUACAGCUACACAACAGGAGGAGGAGGGAUGGUUCUGAGUAGGACGGCGGUGUCCAUCCUGCUCUCCAGUGGCUGCAGCUGCUACAGUGAUGAUGCUCCUGACGACAUGGUGCUGGGGAGGUGCUUCACUGCCAUCGGGGUUCCCAUCACACACAGUCCGCUGUUCCACCAGGCCCAACCGGAUGACUACUCCGGAACGAGGAUUACCCCGCAGCACUCCGUCUCCUUCCACAAGCACUGGAGUGUGGAUCCGGUGGCCGUCUACACAAACUGGUUGCAGGACUCGCACCUAAAAGAUGAACUGUGAUAAAAAUCUCUGCUCAAAAGCUCUAUUGUGUCUGUCAGAAGGCUGGAAAGACUUUCUAAAACAUCUAAAAAGAUGUGAACUCUUUUCACGCUUUUAUUUUAGACCAACACAGAACGGGCACAGUUGUGAAAUUGAAGGAAAAUGAUUCAUUGUUUUCAUAUUUCUUGUAAUAAAAAUGUGAUAUGCAUUCACUAUCCUUUAUUUUGACAUCCCUGUCAGGGUUCCUGUAUGCCGUCUGGGAAAGUAUGUAAUUUGAUUUUAGGAUUUUCUAGGUUUGGAUUAGAAAAAUAAGAGUUUGGAAAAAAUGUUGUGAAUAUUAUUAACCUUCAUAUUUAUUUUUUAAGUUUAGUUCCAACAAAUUGUAUAUUUAAGUACAUAAUAUAAAUUGUACUUUUUUUGAAAGUUGUUUUUUACUCAUUGAGACAUCUAUGUCUUUAAUUUUUCAGGGUCCCCCCCAAGUUUUUAUUUCCAUGUGUUCUUUUCAGAUAUUUUUUGUCUCCUGUUUUUGCUUUAUACAUUUUGGUUUCAUUAUGAAAAUGAGGAGGAGUGACAUCUUAAAGAUGUCGACUUCUGCCUACUCAUGAUUGAAAACUAUUUUUUGCAUUUACUCAAAUAAGCUUCGUCCAGCAUGAGAAUCUGUUUGCUCUGAGACUUAAGUGAAUGCAGAAGAGAUCUCGAAAGUGGCAUUUUAUUUUACAGCACAGAGCCGUGUAUUUUUAUGAUUUAAAGUGUGCGCUAAAAACUUUUGGUGUUCUUGAUAAAUGCUGGCUUUUGUGAAGCAGAUGGGAACAUUUUUCAGCCCCAGGGAUUGGUUCAAAAAUCGUAAUAUAAACAAGACCUAGUUGAUUAAAGUUUGAUUUACAAAACUGCGAAAUGUUGCAGAGUAUCUGAUUGUGAGGCUCAACACUCACGCUGAAGCAUUUGCAGUCUGGUUUCUAUGAAUCCCUUCCCAUCUUUUUAAUUAUUUUGCUGGCUAGGGGUGAACUGGCAAAAAAAAAAAAAAAAAAAUCAGAAAUAUGGUUUGAAAUGGUCCGAAUCAACAAGCUGAGUGUGUGGGAAGGCUGUGUGGAUGCCAGACAUGCGGUGGGAGAAACCUGCUGUGGGUGUUCUAGGCUAUGGGUGGCAGUGAUAACAUACUGCAGGAACAAAUCUACUAUAUUUACCAUACCGAUUUAUAACAACCCGCAGCCUCUCGACUAGGUUUUUCAAAUUUUUAUGUUGGCUUAAAAGUGUUAUUAAUGUGUUCCAGUACUCGGUGACAUGCAGAGGAGCUGAUUCAACCAUUUAAAUCCCUGGACAAAUGUGUUGUGGCUACCAAAGAAUGGUUUCAAAAGAAUAACCGCCAACUUAGAUCAGAGGUUCCCAAGCUUUGUCUCGUUUCCCCCACCAACAAAAAUGCUGAGCCCAUCAUCUAGUUUAUGCAUGCACAGAUGUAGCUGAACACCAUAAAAAAAUCUUGCUAGUUUAUCAUUUCUGUUUGUGUUCCAGAAAUUUUAUUUUUCUCUAAAAUUGCAGCCAUCUUGAUCUUUCAUCCUGUCUGUCCUAGAAGGAUGUAGCAGGUGUUGUUUUAGUAUUUGGUUAAACAAAGGAGCUAAAUUCUAUUGCUUUCACGUAUUUAAUAAAAAAAAAAUAAACCAACAUUUAGCAGUCUAAGCUCUCUCUCUCUGAAACACCCGGAAAACAGGAACAUUCGUCACAUUCGUCACAGCUGAGUUUGUUUUAUGCCCCCAGUUCACCACUUACUUUGCUCAACAGUUAAAAAAAAGACUUUAUUCCAUCACAAUUUUUAUAAAAAAAUUGGGGGAAUUGAGUGUUUUCUAGGCACACUGUGCCAUUUUAUCGCACAAUUAAGUGACUGUGUUACUUCAGUUGUUUAAAAACUGCUCUGAAGUAGACCACUGUCUCUUUAAGAAGCUCCUGCUCUUCCCGACACUCUGCCUUCAUCACAGCAAUGCUCCUCCAUUAUGCUGUUUACAACAGUUCUUAGGAGCAUGGGACUGAAAAGUAGUUUGCAUAAUGAACUCAGCAGAGGUGCAGUUCCACCAGGUGCUUGCGAGUUGCUGCUGCAUAAGCAAAAGGCUCCCCCUUUAAAAUCAUGAUGGCACUCUGGGUUGCAUAGCAGCGUGCCUGUUAGCGCUGUAGCUUUGCAGUAAGAAUGUUCUCAUUGUGCGUUCUCUGCAUGAGUCAAAAGACAUUGUACAGUUGAUUUGCUUUUCUAAACUUCCUCUAGACAUUCA